CAUCUUAUUAUAUAUUUUAUCUGCAUGUUUUGUACAGAUCACAGAUGGACAACCUGACAUUCAGAUACAGUGUGCUACUGAUGGAGGAACUGCAAGUAACACCUCAGUCAAGCUUUGCUGCAUUUAUCCUUCUUUUGAUGGUUUACAUAUGUAUAAUAAUAUCUAACAUUGGGAUAAUGAUUCAGAUCUCAGCAGAAAAAAGUUUACACCAGCCUAUGUAUGUUCUUCUCUGCAACUUGACACUGAAUGAUGUAUUGGGGACAACUGCUCUUGUGCCACGUUUGUUGAAGGAUUUUUUAACAAACCCUUCUGAGCGCUACAUCACAUACGUGGAGUGUGUUAUUCAAGCUUAUUUUUUACAUUUGAAUGGUACAGCAUCUCACGCUGUGAUAAUAAUCAUGGCCUUUGAUAGGUAUGUGGCCAUAUGCAAUCCACUGCGAUACCCAACUAUAAUGAGCAAUAAUAUGGUUGUUAAACUGUCAGCAGGAGCCUGGGGUGCUGCAGUAGUGAUGGUGGGAAUUCUGAUCGGCCUCAGUGUGCGUCUGUCUCACUGCAGAUCUAUGAUUCAAAACCCCUUUUGUGACAAUGCUUCAAUAUUUAAACUGUCCUGUGAAAAUACAGUAAUUAAUAAUGUAUAUGGAUUAAUUUUUACUGUGGUUUUAUUUUCCUCCUCAAUAGGUAGUGUGGCAUUAACAUACCUCAAAAUAGUGAUGAUCUGCUUUAAAAGCAAAAACAAAGCAACCAACAGUAAAGCUAUUAAAACCUGCAGCACUCACUUGACUGUUUAUAUAAUCAUGCUGGUCUCUGGAUCUGUCGCGAUUUUUCUCCAUCGUUUCCCUGUAUAUGCUGAAAUUAGAAAAACAUCUGUUACAAUGUUCCUUGUUAUUCCACCAGUCUUGAAUCCUAUAAUAUAUGGUUUACAAACAAAGGAAAUUAGACAACGGCUCUUUAAGUUUUUUAGAAAUAAAGUUAUUACAAAGUGAUUUCAUUUAUUUAUUCAUUUAUUUAUCCACAAAAGAACUCUACUCCACAGUUAGCAUGUAUGGUAAAUAUAUUUCAACAGGAAAAAAAGAGAAAAAAAAAAAUACUGUAAUUCACAUACAGAUGUUAUCACAUAAGCAGCAGCUAAUGUAAACUUGGAUUAUGUAUUAGAGAAGAGGCAUUAAUGAGAGUUAAUGUGUUCAUUGGCAAAGUUUUGAAUUUUAAUAAAGGCUAAAAAUA